AUGUUGAAGCUAUCUUCCGGAACGAUGCACAACAUGGGAAAGGCUAAAGUAACCCGAGGUCGGGCCAACGCUAUGGAUCGGGGUGGCAUCCGGAAACGCGGUUCUCCUGCCGUGCGAGUCGAUCGCGACGGCGACUUGGACAUGAAUGGAGCGUCUGACAAGGGUCGCGGUGGGAAACGAGCUCGCGGAGACUCGGGACGAGGCGCUCUGGCCGCGGCUCAGUCUCAAGCACGCGACCAGCGGAGGAUGGCCAUUGACCGCGAGCGGACUCUGAACACCAUCCAAAAGGCCUUGGCCGGCAAUGAAACCUCUCAGGCCAACAUCCGACGGGGUGGCGCCAAAGGUGGACCGUGGGAACAGGUCAGCGUGCGCGGAUGGAGAAAGAGCAAGGCUGCAUCCAACCUCGACGGCGGCGCCGGAAGCCUGGUCUCCUUCCUGGAGAAGAAACUCGCUACCCCGGACUCGAAAGGCAAUAACAUAAUCAAGUCGCGUGUCGAAGGCGACGCUCUUAUAGUUUCUGUUCGCCCGGAGCACUUGGACAGGAUGUUACAUCUCAAUAAUUUCACUUUCGCAGGUGCUCCACUCACCAUUGAAAGAUACAACCCAUCGGCGGAGAGCACAUCAACCACGGCCGACACCAAGGCCAGGAUGACCGCUUUCUUGAGCAGCCGAUAUUUCCAGGAUACCAAGCUUCUCAAUCUUUCGGCUUUGGCCAGCGAUCCGAUCCUGGUGGAGAUGGGUCUCUUCAACAGCACAACGACUGAGUCCAAGUUCUUCCCGGCGCUAAUGAAGGUCUGGGAGAUGAACUUUGAGACUCCACAGAAGAGCCGGGAGGCUGUUGAGAGCGUCAGUCUAGCAAACAAUCAGUUGUCCAACAUAUCGCUCGUCACCACCCUCUCUCAGGCCUUCCCGAACCUCAAGAAUCUGGACCUCUCCAACAACAACUUCAAGGACGCACAGGCUCUCAUCGGGUGGAGAUGGAAGUUCCGACAACUGGAGUUCCUCGAUCUCACGGGGAAUCCGUUCAGUGCCGAUCCUUCCUUCAAAGACACGAUGAUGAAGUGGUAUCCGAAGCUCAGAACCCUCAACAACAUGACGGUCCGUACCGCGGAAGAGGUUGCUGCUCAAGAAAAGGCUCCCAUACCCGUUCAGCCGGCAUAUUUCCAGGAUGACUCUCAAAUCGCCGAGAACUUCGUCAGGGCGUUCUUUGUUGGGUACGACAACGACCGAAACGACCUAAUCAACGGUGUCUACGACAGUGAUUCCACCUUUUCUUUGAAUGUCAACCCUGCCGCUCCCCGAGGAGCUCAAGAAGAUGCCACCGCUGGCUGGGACCAGUAUAUCAAGAAGAGCCGGAACCUGUUGAAGAUCAGUCAUCUUCCCGCUCGGAUGUCUCGUUCUUAUGUUGGCGCGGAAAAGAUUCGCGAGCUGUGGAAUUCUCUCCCCAGAACGAGGCAUCCUGACAUGGUUGCGCACCCAGAGGAGUGGCUGAUUGAAUGCCACCCCAUCCCUGGACUUCCUGACCCGUCGGGACAGAGCAUUUCCGGUGUUGGUGGAUUGCUCAUCAUGGUGCACGGCAAGUUUGAUGAGUUGGACGGCACCAAGGUGGAGACCCGCAGUUUCGAUCGGACCUUCGUGCUUGGUCCUGGCGGAGGAGCAGGAGGAGUCAGAGUCCUCAGUGACAUGCUCACGUUGAGAGCAUACGGCGGACAUAUGGCUUGGGAUCCCGACAGUCAGACGGCGAACCCGAUGAAAGCCCCGCCCGCGCAUCCUCAAGCGCCGCAGGGAUACGGCAUGCCAGCUCCUGGCAAGACGGAAGCUCAAGUUCAGCAGGAGCAGAUGAUUCUGCAACUGAGCUUCAAAACCAGGAUGACUCUGCAGUAUUCGGAAAUGGCCCUUUCGGGCAACAAUUGGAAUAUGGAGGCUGCGCUGAAGAAUUUCGAGGAACUGAAGGUAAGCAUCAUUGGCCUUCCUAGUCGCCAUCCACAAAAGGCUGACAGGACUGUUUUCAGGCGCAGGGAAAGCUUCCACAAGACGCUUUUAUUCCGGGUUUCUGAAUGGAAAUCUGGAACUGAAGAAGGCGCAUUGCUGAGUUCCAUGGAGUCUUUGGACUCGCCAUCUCAUGACUGA